AUGUCCUCCAAUAACGAUAACGAGAACCCAACAGUGACAACCUCUCAAGGGUAUCCGAUUCCUUCACCUUUUGAGACACAAAGGGUUGGUGAGCAUGGGCCAUUGCUGCUACAGGAUUUCAAUUUGAUUGACUCUUUGGCCCAUUUCGACAGAGAGAGAAUCCCAGAGAGAGUUGUCCAUGCUAAAGGUGCCGGUGCAUUUGGUGAAUUCGAGGUUACAGAUGAUAUUACAGAUAUCUGUGGCUCUGCAAUCUUUGACACUAUUGGUAAGAAGACCAGAGCACUGGUGAGGUUCUCCACUGUUGGUGGUGAAUCUGGUUCUCCAGAUGCGGCAAGAGAUCCAAGAGGGUUUGCUAUCAAGUUCUACACAGAAGAAGGUAACCUGGACUGGGUCUACAACAACACGCCGAUCUUCUUCUUGAGAGACCCAAUCAAGUUCCCUCACUUUAUCCAUACCCAGAAGAGAAACCCUCAAACACACUUGAAGGACCCGAACAUGUUUUGGGAUUAUAUGACCCAAAACCAGGAGGCCAUCCAUCAAUUCAUGAUUUUGUUCUCUGACCGUGGUACGCCAGCAACUUUCAGACACAUGCACGGUUUCUCUGGCCACACUUACAAAUGGUCUAACAAGCAGGGUGAGUGGUUCUACGUUCAAGUCCACCUGCUCACUGAUCAGGGCAUCAAAAACUUCACCAACGAAGAAGCUGGUAAAAUUGCUGGUGAGAACCCUGACCAUGCCACUGAGGACCUGUUCAACGCCAUUGCUAACAAGGAAUACCCAUCUUGGACAGUGUAUUUUCAAGUCAUGACCGAAGCUCAAGCUAAGGAAUUGCCAUUCUCUGUUUUUGACUUGACUAAAGUGUGGUCCCAUAAGGACUUCCCAUUGCGUCGCUUUGGUAAACUGACUUUGAACGAGAACCCACAGAACUACUUUGCAGAGAUUGAGCAAGUUGCAUUCUCUCCAUCGCACACAGUUCCAUACCAAGAGCCAUCUGCUGAUCCAGUGUUGCAAUCUCGUCUAUUCUCGUACCCAGAUACUCAAAGAUACAGACUAGGUACAAACUAUGCUCAAAUCCCUGUUAACUGUCCAUACGCAAAGACUUUCAACCCGAUUCUUCGUGAUGGUGCCAUGACUGUUAACGGCAACUACGGUGCUGCUCCAAACUACAUCUCUACCAUUGAGAAUCCGGUGGAGUACAAGACCCAGUCCAAUUUCAACUACCAAUCCAAUCAGGAGAAAUGGCAAGGUCCAGCGUUGCCUUUCCAUUGGAAAGUUGAAGGUGAUAUCGAUUACGUUCAGGCUAGAGCUCUAUACCGUGAUGUCUUGUCUAAACAACCAGACCAGCAAAAGCAUCUGGCACACAACAUUUCUGUCCAUGUUGCCAAUGCGUUGCCAGUGAUUCAAGACCGUGUUUUCGAGGCCUUUGCUAAAGUUGAUCAGCAGCUGAGUGACGAUAUCAAGGCUGAGGUAUUGCAACUCUCUCCACGUUCAAAGGAUCAAUCUACUCAGAAACUAUGA